AUGGCAGCGCUGGAGAAUCUGACAGCAGGAGGAGAGGUAGUUUUUGGUCCCGCUGGUGUACAUGGAGAGGAGGAGGAGGAGGAGGGGGAAGAGUCGCCUGAGGUUUUGUUGAGUGUUUUGUCACAGCAGGGUCAGGUGGGCCUGUGCUUCUAUGACAGCAAGGACUCCACUUUGCACUGCAUGGCAGACUCUCCAGACAACCACGAGCUCCACCUGCUGGCUAGAGUCAUCCAGGAGGUUAGCCCUCAUGUUAUCAUUGUCAGUGCUAAGCAGGAGCACAGUAUGACCCGCUUCAUGCAGCGACUGGGUUCAAAUCCGGACUACAAACCAGAGGUGGUGACUUAUCCAUAUGUUGAUUUUGGUCUUGAGGUCAGCAAGCAGCGGCUUCUUUCUGCCUAUCUGCCUUUUCUCCCUGCCUCCAUCUCAGAGAGAGAGAAAAUCUCCUACCUCUCUUCCUGUAUCUCGUUCAGCUCGCCUCUGAUGCUGCGGUCAGUGGGCGCUCUGCUGAAAUGUCUGGACAGGAGGAGAGUGGGAGUGGAGCUAGAAGACAGCAGUGUUGGAGUUCCGAUAUUACAGUUCCACACCUACACGCUAAAAGGUUCGGUGUUUGUUGACCGAGACACAUACAGUGUGCUGCAGAUCUUCAAGUCAGAACCUCACCCGUCUGUUUACAAGCUCCAUUCUGGAGAAAAGGAGGGGCUCAGUCUUUAUGGGAUACUAAAUCGCUGCAGAGGCAAGUUUGGAUCUAAGCUGCUACGCCAGUGGUUUAUGCGGCCAACACAAGACCUGAAAGUGUUGCGCAGGAGACAGGAAGUGAUACGUUUCUUCUCUACACCGCGGCACUCGGACUCCCUCAGCACCCUGCAGUCCUCACUGCGCAACAUCAGGAACAUCCCAACUGUUCUACGCAGGAUGUCUCUCUCUCACACCAAAGUGACUGACUGGCAGAAUCUCUAUAAGACGGUGUACAGUGCAGUGUGUAUCAGGGACACCGUGCGUUGCCUGCCUCAGUCCAUUCAGCUCUUUCGGGAUAUCAGCGAGGGGUUUUCUGAUGACCUCCACUACAUUGCCGCCCUCAUCAGCCGGGUUGUGGAUUUUGAGAGCAGUGUUACUGAGAACCGUUUCACCAUCAAACCCAAUGUGGACCCUGCUGUUGACGAGAAGAAGCGGAGAAUGAUGGGGCUGCCUGACUUCCUGACAGACGUAGCCAGGAGAGAGCUGGAGAACCUGGAUGCUCGCAUUCCCUCCUGCUGUGUCAUCUACAUCCCUCUGAUAGGAUUCCUGCUCUCGGUCCCUCGGCUGCCCAGCAUGGUGGAAAAAGAGGAUUUUGAGAUAAACGGGCUUGAUUUCAUGGUACUAUCUGUUCUUGUUUGUUUUCUGUCAGAGGAGCGCCUGCACUACCGCAGCCAGCGAACCAAAGAGCUGGAUGACCUCUUAGGGGACUUACACUGUGACAUUAGAGACAUGGAAACAGCAGUUAUGACGCAGCUGCAGACCGUGAUCCUUGAGAGGAGCGCCUCUCUCUACAAGGUUUUGGACCUAAGUGCUGAACUGGACUGCCUGAUGGCCAUGAGCAGUGCUUCCCAGGAGUAUGGCUACACCCCCCCCAAGCUAGGCAGCCACAGGAGGAUAACUCUGACACAGGCCAGACACCCACUGUUAGAGCUGUGCUCUCCUGUGUUUGUGGCCAACUCCUUCCACAGCUCAGAGUUUGACGGCCGAGUCAAGAUUAUCACUGGCCCCAACUCAUCUGGCAAGAGCAUCUACCUGAAGCAGGUCGGUCUGAUUGUGUUCAUGGCUCUGAUUGGCUCAGACGUGCCAGCGAAGGAGGCAGAGAUUGGUCUGGUGGAUGGACUCUUCACACGCAUGCAGAGCAGAGAGUCGGUGUCUGUCGGCCUCAGCACAUUCAUGAUAGACCUCAACCAGAUGGCCCAAGCUCUCAACAGCAGUAGUGGCAACUCACUGGUUCUCAUCGAUGAGUUUGGAAAAGGAACUAACACUGUGGAUGGGAUGUCCUUACUGGCUGCGUCGAUCUCUCAUUGGCUGAGAAAAGUUCCUGCGGCCGUUCCUCAUGUCCUGUUGGCUACUAACUUCCACAGUGUGCUGCAAAUGGGCCUGCUCCCCUCCUCAGGCCUCCUGUCUCUGCUGACCCUAGAGACAGCAGUGGAUGGGGAUGAGUUGGUGUUUCUGUACCAACUGAAGGAAGGGAUCUGCCAGUCCAGCUAUGCUGCCAACAUUGCUACACUGGCAGGCCUGCCAACUAGCCUUGUCCAGAGAGGAGUGGAGGUGUCUGAACUGUACCGAACAGGAAAAACCAUCAAACGCCUUGACAAAACAUCAUCAGAUGAGCAGGCCAGCAGGUGCAAGCGUGUGGUGGAGAAGUUCCUGAGUUUGGACCUGGAGGACAAGAAUGUGGAUCUGCAGCGCUUCUUGAAAGAGGAGCUCCUGCCCUCUGGUGGAGAGCUGCUGCCUCGCAGCUGAAGUCAGCUGCACUGCUGUACUUGUCUAACAUCUUUCUACACCACCCUGGUUCGUUAGAGUUCACUACCUAUUGAUUUCAACUGAAUGUGAGAGCGAUAAUGCUUUUGCUUAGUUUGAUCAACUAUAUACAGAGUACAUUUAUCCAGGGACUUGUUAUAAUGCUGUUUUUUCUUUAAAUGCUAAUCCAUAAAAUUGAAGCAUUUAAUAUGCUGUAUUUGUUGGAAAUGUUUAUAGGUUGU